GUCCAAUCCAAGAUGGCAGUGGGUGUGUAAUGUUUUCCUGCCGCUCACACUCCUGAAACGAAAAUAAGUACCACAGAUCGAUACGACUGGACACCGGGCCGUCUUCCAGUCUUCACGAUGGAUCAGAGGGACCAGAGAGAGCAACUACUCGCCCUCAAAGUCAUGCGACUGACUCGGCCGUCACUCUUUUCCACCCUACCGGUCGUCUGCGACUCUCGGGAUAUCCCGGGCAGCAUGUGGCUCCAAGACCUUAAGCAAGACCUCGGCGCUCCGUUGGGGCUCGAACUCUUCGGCACCGGCAGCUUCCUCAUGCUCCCGCAGAGCUUCGGAAACAUCUACCUCGGCGAGACGUUCUCGUGUUACAUGAGUGUGCACAACGACAGCGAACACACCGUCAGGGACGUGUCGGUCAAGGCUGAGCUCCAGACCGACUCCCAGAAGGUCUUCCUCACGGGCAAGAGCGAGGGCACCGCCGUGCCUGAGCUGCCGCCCAAGAGCAGCAUCGACGAAGUAAUCCACCACGAAGUAAAGGACAUCAACACGCACAUCCUCGUCUGCACCGUCAACUACUCGUCGCACACGGGCGAGAAGCUCCACUUCCGCAAGUUCUUCAAGUUCCAGGUGUACAAGCCGCUCGACGUCAAGACCAAGUUUUACAACGCCGAGUCGGACGAGGUCUACCUCGAGGCGCAGCUCCAGAACAUCACCUCGUCUCCGAUCAGCCUCGAGAAAGUGGCGCUCGAACCGUCCCAGCACUUCAACGUGUGCCAGCUCAACAGCUGCGCCGACGGGCAGAGCAUCUUUGGACAGGUCAACUUCCUCAACCCCCACGACACCCGGCAGUACCUGUUCAGCUUGUCGCCCAGGGUUGCCGACGCUGCUGUGGCGCCCGCGGCAAGCGACAAACGGAGCCGAAGCGGCAUCACCAGCAUCGGGAAACUAGACAUCGUCUGGCGUUCGGUCAUGGGCGAGAGGGGUAGGUUGCAGACGUCGCAGCUGGAACGGAUAGCCCCGGGUUACGAGGACAUCAGACUGACCGUUGAUUCGGCGCCGAGCAGCGUCAACCUAGAGGAGCCGUUCGAGAUCACCUGCCUGGUGACGAAUACGUGCCAGCGGACGAUGGACCUCGUUUUGAUGCUCGACAACUCGGCGACGUCGGGUUUGCUGUGGCAGGGAACGUCGGGUCAGAGCCUGGGGAAGCUGGAGCCGCAGACGAGCCUGAGGAUCAAGCUGGAGGCCGUGCCGUUCAGGACGGGAUUGCAGGGGGUCUCGGGCAUCAAGCUCAACGACACCUUCCUCAAGCAGGUGUACGACUACGACGACAUCACCAGCGUGUUUGUGUGUUCGAACACAACAAAGGUUUUGUGCUAGCCUUAAGUUUAAUGGCUGGUUCGCACGUUUGCUUUUGAGUGGGAUUGCAUGCUUUGCGGCUGCUUGGAAGGGGUUUACUACGAUUGAUUGAAUGCCAUUUCGUCGAAGCACGUUUUAGAGAAUGGGCACAGUUUAGAGAAAGCAGAGCCUCAGUUUAGGGAAAUGCCGUUUGUCGAAAAGGGUACACUAUUUGAAAAAGGCUUUUCUACUUCACGCGUGUAUCACUGGUGCCUGUGUUAACCCAAGCUCCCCACUGUGCUCCCUCUGCUUCGCAGCGGCAGUCUGCGGCGGCUCAUUACCAAAAUGUUAACUCAUCUGACUUAUCCGUACACGCCCCUUUGCGGCGGUUGAAUUCGCUAAAAGGAGGCUUAUCGUCAUUUUUUCUAAACUUGGUUUCUCUAUAAAGGAAUUCGAUAAACUGGGGUCGGUAAAACGGCGUUCGCUAAAACGAGCUUCUCUAAACCGCAUGCCUCUGGCUUGGAAGCACCUGUUGGUGGAACAUGCUUUAAAACAAUGAGAGCAGUGCACACAAAAGGCGACCACAAGAUUAUAGAGCCCACAUACAGCCCACUUGCACACUUUGUUUGCAAGUCAGAGCUGUGUGCGUGUUUCCUUCUUUGUUUUCAUUGUUUUAGUUGCAGUAGAAGAGUCUGUUUAUGAAGAGAAAAGAAUAACCAAGAUAUAUUUACCAUUCGUUUUAAAGGACGCACUGCUCUAUCGGGUGGCUCAGGAACUGCACAUAACUGGACUGGUUGUUUGCAGUACUUUGCGAGAUCAAGUCUGUGGGCUAUCUAAGAGAAAUGGUCCUUGCUUAUACCAUUUUUGAAAUUAUUUCAAGUCCAUGGGAAAAGAACUAUGCACGAAACAAUGGGGGAUAUGUGCAGGUCGAAAGUGUUCUGAAAGAUGUCCCCAGUGCAUUCCCUUGUCACUCUUGUAAGCAUUUUCAAUGUGCUCGAUCGCACUCAAAUGCAGACUUGAGAACCAGCCUUUGCUUGCAAGAUUUUAUUAGUCCAAAAGGUGCUUGCUGUGUUGCUGUGAUGACAUUCCAGAAUGCGUCGGCAUUUUUUGUUUUUCUUGUGCAGAGCAUUGCGUUUAAGUUUAUUAAUGUUUUGAAUGAGAAGCACUGUUUGCUUGGUUCGUGCAACACGAUUGUUAUUGAUCGAAGUCUUCAAGCCAGUGACGUGAACUGUUUCACUGCAGCACGUGAAACGCGUUUCGGCAAUAAUUUUUCCUUUCCAAGGUUUGUGGUUGAUUAAAAAUGCUCACGCACAAA